ACGACAUCUUCUUCCGCCGGACCUCGGCCGGAUUGUUUACCUUUCUGACAGCAGUCUGUUAAACACUAACAGUUCAUUUAGGAGCUUUUUAUCGGUUCGGUUUCGGUGUUUUUGACCGUUAUACCGUUAAUCUGUCUGUGUCUUCUCCUCCGUUACCGGUAUUACCGGUAUUAACGGGAGUAUUACCGGUAUUAACGGGAGUAUUACCGGUAUUACCGGUAUUAACGGGAGUAUUUAGUGUUGUUCGGAGGAUCAAACGCUUCAUUUCAUCAUUGAGAGAAGAAGUAAACCAACAUGUCUGCAGACCAGCAGGUGUCCCCUCCUCCUCCCGGCAGCCCGCUGUCAGACCUGUCAGAGACCGACACCGACACGCUGAGGAGGUUCGUUACCGAGCGGCUGACGGCGGCGGUGGAAGACAUCCUGGGAGAGUUCGGGAGAACCGUGGCCCAGUACCGGGACCAGAUAGACCAACAGAGGAGACAACUGGACAGCCUGAGGACCGAGGAGGACCGGAGGAACCGCACAGCAGACCGUCAGCAGACUUGGAUAAAACACUGCCCUGAUGAUCAGAACCUGAGCGCCCAGCUGUACCCGACUGACCGUGCGGAUGAGACGGACGCCGGCACCUCAGCUGCUCAGAUUAAAACAGAAGUUGGCAGCAUGGACUGUGGAGCGUCAGAACCAAACGGUGACUUUGAACCAGAAGCAGCGAGUGAUGUUCACCUCCUCGUCGAGGUGUCCUCUGAGACCGAAGACAGCGGAGACUACUGGAGAGAGGCUGCAGGACUUUGGAAACCAGAGGAGACAGAUGAAGGACAAAGUUCAUCUCAGAGCAGGACUGAUCUGCCACAUCAGCCUCCGCCGGUGUUUAGCUGUAAAGUUUGUGGUGAGUCCUUCCAGAGGAUUAGCUAUCUGCUCACUCACGCUUCGGCGCAUCUGAGAGAUUGCGGCCUGUGUGGGAAACAUCUGGAGCACACGGAGAACCUGAAGCUUCACCUCAGAGUUCACAAGGAAACGUCGUUCCGCUGCGGCGUCUGCGGUCAGAGCUUCACCCUGCGGGGGAACCUGAGGACGCACAUGAGGAUCCACUCGGGCGAGCGGCCGUACGGCUGCACCGUCUGCGGCAAGAGCUUCGGCAGGAGGGCGACGCUGGUGCGGCACGUCCGCAGCCACACGGGCGAGAAGCCGUUCAUCUGCACGUACUGCGGCAAGAGCUUCGUGGAGAAGGGCAACCUGACGGUGCACCUGCGGACGCACACCGGCGAGAGGCCGUAUUGGUGCUCCAGCUGCGACAGACGCUUCAGCCAGCUGUCCUGUUACUACAAACACCCCUGUCAGAGGAGAGGCCUGACCACCUGACGGUCUGGAUGCUGUUGCAUCAACACUUAUGUCGCAUUCAUACCAAGAACGAAGCGAAUUUGCGCCUCGCUUUACUCGCUCGAGUUUGACUGCCGGGAUCAUUUGUGUUCAUUCGCGCUAGAACUUUUCUUUCCUCCAUCAACCAUGGAAGAAAUAACCACUGUUGCUGCUUUGUACAUGUUGUGGAAGUCUCAGAUAUGUCAGAAAACCAAACGCCGUCGUGUCUGGAUUCAUGACAUCACCUGGCAGCGAGCUGUAUUCACAUACAGUGUCAUUGCACUGACUGUAUCUAGCAGCCACACGUCGCUACUGCGGUAUGAACCCAAAACAAACAGAUUGGGUUAAUAUCAAUAAACAGAUCAUAAUGAUGCUGAUAAGUAAAAAGUUGCUCUUGGUGUGAACGCACCAUAACAUGAGUUGUGAGGGCUGGUAAAAACCCCUCUGAUUCUGAACUUCAAGAGACAGUGUGCCGUAGCUCUCAUAUUAUUUUCAUGAUUUCAUGUUUUCAGAGUUGCUCAGGAACAUAACAUCCCAUAAUUUAACAUGCAUCCAUUGCCAUGGGUUCUGCUUUUGUCCGCACUGUAACAGUUUGUUUGAAGAGGCAACACAGCAGCAGUGAAUAAAGCAAGAAGUGUGUUUUAAUAUACAGACGAUAUUCUGAUUCA